CGGUCAUUCCGCAGGAAACACUUCAACUUCAACAACAUGUUGCCAGAAUGAAGAAGUUGAUUUCAAUCACGCUGAUCCUAUACGGCAUCCACGCUACUUAUGCAGCCUCUCACUCUAUCAAGUACUUCUACACUGCUGUCACACCGGGUACUGACUUCCCAGAGUUCACUGCUGUGGGUCUGGUGGAUGAUGAGCAGUUUGUGUACUAUGACAGCAACAUCACAACGACGAUCCCCAAGACUGAGUGGAUGAAGAAGAAUGUGGGAGAAGAUUACUGGGACAGAGAGAGUCAGAAGUUCCUUGGUUCACAGCAGACCUUCAAAGCCAAUAUUGGAAUUGCCAUGCAGCGCUUCAACCAGACUCAGGGUGUGCACACUGCUCAGGUCAUGUACGGCUGUGAGUGGGAUGAUGAGACCGGGGCCACAGGAGGGUUUGAUCAGCAGGGAUACGACGGUGAAGACUUUGUUGCUUUAGACACAAAAACCUGGACGUACAUUGCACCUCGGCCGCAGGGGGAGAUCACUGCACGGAGGUGGAAUAAUGACGGAGCUAAGAUUGAGAACUGGAAGCAGUACACAACCCAGAUCUGUGUUGAAUGGCUGAAGAUGUACGUGAGCUACGGGAAGAGCACUCUGGAGAGGAGAGUUAAGCCUCAGGUCUCUCUACUGCAGAAGGACACCUCCUCUCCUGUUACCUGUCAUGUGACCGGAUUCUACCCCCGUGCCGUCAUGGUGACCUGGAAGAGAGAUGGACAGGACCUGGAUAUGGGCGUAGAGCGGGGGGAGACGGUGCCCAAUGGGGACGGAACGUUCCAGACCAGGUCUCACCUGCGCUUGAAGCCUGAGGACUGGAAGAGGAACACAUACACCUGCACUGUGCAGCACAAGAGCCUGGAGGAUGACAUCAUUCUGCCUGUCACAGAGGAGAACAUCAAGAGCAACAAAGAGAUUAAGCCUGAGGUCUCUCUACUGCAGAAGGACACCUCCUCUCCUGUUACCUGUCAUGUGACCGGAUUCUACCCCCGUGCCGUCAUGGUAACCUGGAAGAGAGACGGACAGGACCUGGAUGUGGACGUAAAGCUGGGGGAGACGGUGCCCAAUGGGGACGGAACGUUCCAGACCAGGUCUCACCUGCACGUGAAGCCUGAGGACUGGAAGAGGAACAGAUACACCUGCACUGUGCAGCACAAGAGCCUGGAGGAUGAUAUCAUUCUGUCUGUCACAGAGGAGAACAUCAAGUGCAACAAAGACCCGGAGAGCUCCGUGGGCAUCAUCAUUGGCUGUGUGGUUCUGGGCGCUCUCCUCCUCAUCAUCGCCGUCAUCGCUGUCUUCAUCUGGAGGAAGAGAACCUCAGGCUACGGGAAGACUAGCACCGCUGACACUGAUUCUGCGAACUCUGACCAGCCUGCAGUAAAAGCCUAAGAUCAGUGAGGACUAAUGUACAGGGAUACCACACUUGCGCCAUCACCCAGUGCAAGGAACUUUGGCGUGGUGAUGGACAGCAGACUGUCCCUUUCCGAGAACAUUGCGGCGGUGACACGGUCAUGCAGGUUCUUCCUAUACAACAUACGGAGAAUCCGCCCCUUUCUCACCCCCUACUCGACCCAGCUCCUGGUCCAAGCGAUGGUUCUGUCCUGCCUGGACUACUGCAAUUCCCUCUUGGCUGGCCUCCCUGCGUCCGCCAUCAGACCCCUCCAACUUAUCCAGAAUGCAGCAGCUCGUCUGGUCUUCAACCUUCCCAAAUACUCACACAUCACCCCCCUGCUUACUUCCCUCCACUGGCUGCCUGUCAUUGCUCGCAUCAAAUUCCAAACAUUGGUGCUAGCCUUCCAAGCAGUUAAGGGGUCUUCUCCAGCUUAUCUACAAAAAAUCAUCAGACCCUACACACCUGCCAGACCUCUUCAUUCAGCCUCCACAGGCCACUUGGCACCUCCCCCUCUCCGAACCUCCACCUCACGCUCACGACUACUGUCUGUUCUGGCUCCACGGUGGUGGAACAAACUCCCCGUUGAGGUCAGAACUGUAGAAUCUUUCCCUACCUUCAAGCGCAAACUGAAGACGCACCUCUUCAAGCAGCACCUCUCUCUGUCCCUCCCUACCUCCCUGUGAACCUUAAUUGUUGUCUUUCUGUGAUUUACUUUUUUUGUGUUUUUAAUUUGGCUAGGUAAGCAGUGUUUUGCUAGUUAAGGGGUUUGGUCAUACUUUUGCGUUUGUUUGUUUGUUUGUUUGUUUGUUUGUUUAUAAAAAAUAAAUAAAAUAAAAAUCAAA